AGUGUGAAAUGAGCUUCACUCGCAAAGACUCCCUUACUUUGCAUCAGAGAAGUCACACAGGAGAAAAGCCUUAUAAAUGCUGGGAGUGUGACAAGAGCUUCCGUGACAGUGGUGCCCUUACUCUGCAUCGAAGAACUCAUACAGGGGAAAAGCCUUAUAAAUGCUGGGAGUGUGGCAAGAGCUUCCGUGAGAGUGGUUCCCUUACUCGGCAUCGAAGAACUCAUACAGGGGAAAAGCCUUAUACAUGUUUUGAAUGUGGAAAGAGCUUCAGUCAGAGUUGUCACCUUACUGAUCAUCAAAGAACUCAUACGGAGGAGAAACCUCAUUAACGCUUUGAAAGAUGCUACAACAGCAGCAAGAAUACUUAUUGCAAAGUAUUGGAAGACACAAGAUUUACCCACCCGGGAAGAAUGGCA